AUGGCCAAGCAAAAAGCUGUCAUCCUGUUUGAUGAAAGAAAUGCAGCGGAAUGCUUCGAGCACCUCAACCCAGUGACACAGGCAGAGCCUCUGACCUGCCUGGUUUGCAAGACGACGUUUGUGCCUCGAGGUCAGCUUGUUUGGUCACGGGAUGCACUCAUUGUGGGAAACCAAGAUGUGGAGGGUGGCCCUCUCUGCAAGCACUGUGCUCUAAAAACGACCUGGGAGCCGCCGGUCGAGCACAGUUUCCUGGGAUGGCAAUACAUGGACCUGAAAAAUGUCCACCGACAGACCAUGGCAGCCAUCCUCGAACACAUUCUCUAGACUCUACACUUCUUUUGUUCUUGUGGUUCAUCUAGUACAAGUUUGUUAAUUACAGAGUACUCUAGCAUUUUGGUUAAGUAAACAAAGAAAUAAAUUGACCAGCUGAAUGGUUGUUGCAAUAUUAUCCAACA